AGAUGGUUGUGUUAACCAUCUAUAGGGUCAGGAAUACAUGUUUGUGUUCCUGACCCUUAAGUGGCUGAUCAAAUGUACAUCAAGCAAUGAGCAUAAUAUAUAAAGGUACAUGCACUUUUGAAAUACAAGGAAUUCAUCAGACAGAGAAUUAGAAAAUAUGUGUUUUUGGUUAAAAAUAGAAUUCUCAUAAUAAAUCACAAAAAGACUAAAAUCCAAAAAGCAUAAGACAUGCUUGUUUUUUUGCUCCCCCCUCCCCUCCCCAAGGAUACUAAAAUGUUGUUGAAAAUUACUACAUUGACUAAAACAUAUGUCAAUUUUUUUUAUUUAUUUUUUCAUGAGAUGCUCUGUUUUCCUUUAAAUUUAUAUUAAAGGUUUUCCAAAAGAUAUCCAGGCACAGCCAGGGCAAACCAUGCAAAUGAAGAGGUGAAAUAGACACAUUGUGUCAUUUCUCCUGCUCUCUGUUUCCUCUCUGUAUGCUGAAUGCCAGGUAUAAAGGGCUGAGUUCUUAACAGUAAUAGACAGGACGCUAAAAUGGAGGUACCCAGUGGCAAUAUAAAAAAGUGGGGAUUUCUACAUUUAAUUAAAAUGUUUGCACUUCACAAAUACAUAGGUGUUAAUUCUAAAUUAUAACUCAACAAAAAAAAAUGAAACAUUUACUGAAAUUGACAGGCCCCUUUAAAGGUUAUAGAAGUAUCCUAUAUACUCGAGUAUAAGCCGAGUUUUUCAGCACAUUUUUCGUGCAGAAAAACCCCCACUCGACUUAUACUCGAGUUAAUGUCUGUUAAUUUACAUUGCCAUAAUACAGACCAGGACCGCCGGGAUCAUUACAAGCCUGGUGGCCCUGCUGGAGGCUGGCAGAGAGCUGUUUCUUACCUUUCCUGCAGCUCCUGUCAGCUCCCUUCUCUCUCCUCCGGUCCGGUCAGCUGUAAGUCUCGCGAGAGCCGCGGGGAAUGCUCCGCGCGGUCGCAAGACUUACAGUGGAGAAGAAGGGAGCUGACCGGAACGGAGGAGAGAGAAGGGAGCUGACAGGAGCUGCAGGAAAGGUAAGAAACAGCUCUCUGCCAGCCCCCCUCCUGCACAGACCAUCCACUGGACCACCAGGGAAUGAGAGCCCCCCUCCCUGGCCAGCUAACAAGCAGGGAGGGGGGACAAAAAUAAAUAUAAAUAAAAAAUUAAAUAUUAAAUAUUAAUAAUAUAUAUAAAAAAAUAAUAAUAAUUUUAAAAAAUAAUAAAAAUGCCCCCCCUCCCACCAAGGCUCUGCAUCACAUACACACAAUGCACUCAUACACACACACACACACACACACACACACACACACACACACAUACACACUGUAUUCAUACACACACUGCAUUCAUAUACACACACACACUGCAUUCAUUAUAUACACACACUGUAAAUAAAUAUUCAAUUAAUAUAAUUUUUUGGGGGAUCUAAUUUUAUUUAGACAUUUACCAGUAGCUGCUGCAUUUCCCACCCUAGUCUUAAACUCGAGUCAAUAAGUUUUCCCAGUUUUUUGGGGUAAAAUUAGGGGCCUCGACUUAUAUUCGAGUCGACUUAUACUUGAGUAUAUACGGUAUUAAAAAUACAUUUUUGAAUGUAUUGUCUAAACCAGAAAUUGCACAUUUUAGGUUAAAUAGCUGAAUUAGAAACCGCUAAUAAUGACAUGCGUGCAGACAUACGUGGAGUAAAGAAUGUUUCUACAAUAUUUAUAAAUUCUGCAUUUCAACAAGGAAAACGUACAUAAGAAAUCCUUAAAUAAAACAAUGCAGUUUAUGUAAUACUACAAACUAUAUAAAGUAAACCAGGAAUGCAAACCUUGGCAAUAUGUUCACUUCCAUGCCCACUUUACAGGUAAUUAGAUUUUAUAAUUUCAUUCUGUCAAUAUGUAAAUGGAACAUUUUAAAGGCACAUUUCUCUGCUACCUCUUGCGUCAUUUUCCCAUUGUAACCCCCCGUGGCCCCCUUUAAUAUGUUAAAAUCUUACCAGUCUGCUGCUGGCUCUGCACCUGAUCUGCCUGCUUAGCUGACAUAAUGAGUCAAUCACAGUGUUUCCCUAUAGAAUUGGCUGAGAAUUUCAAGGAGGCAGAUCAGGGGCAGAGCCAGCAUGAUUCAAACACAGCCCUGGCCAAUCCGCAUCUCCUCGUAAAGAUACAUUGAAUCAAUGCAUCUCUAUAAGGAAAGUUCAGUGUCUCCAUGCAGAGGGUGGAGACACUGAAUGGCAGUACUGCACAAUGUGCAGCACUGCACCAAGAAGCACCUCUAGUAGCCAGUGGAGGUAUCCCUAGGCUGUAAUGUAAACACUGCAUUUUCACUGAAAACAGUAUUUACUACAAUAGUGUCCCCUUAAGGUAAAAUCCCUGAAAAGCCAGGAAGCGCCUCUAUUGUUUGGUGUAUUAAGACAAACUCUAGUGGCUGUCUUCCUGACAAAGUAAACAUUGCAGUUUUUUUGAAAGUCAGAAACGCAACACCCAGACCUCUCAAAUGAGAUGACUUGAUCUGGGUGCCUAUUGUGUCCUUUUAAAAAGACACUCCAGGCUGGCUGUACACUGCUUUUAAAAACAAGCUACAAAUAAGUCAUAUUUGAUGGUUUUUGUUUUUCCAACUCUGUAGUUGAAAACGAACAGGUUUACUCAGUACUUUACAGUUGCAUUACAGUAGAGGGAGGUACAGUAAGCGCAGUAGGUAUACAGUGUAUGUAUAUUAUAUUUAUAUAGUGCUAACAGGUGUGCUCAGCCUUUUACAGGUUACAUUGCAGUAGAGGGAGGUGCAAUAUGUAUAAAGUGUAUGUAUAUUUAUUUAUAUAACGCUAACAGGUGUACUCAGCACUUUACAGGUUACAUUACAGUGGAGGGAGGUGCAGUAGAUAUACAGUGUAUGUAUAUUUUAUUUAUAUAGCACUAACAGGUGUACUCAGCACUUUACAGGUUACAUUACAGUAGAGGGAGGUACAGUAAGUGCAGUAGGUAUACAGUGUAUAUUUUAUUUAUAUAGUGCUAACAGGUGUACUCAGCACUUUACAGGUUACAUUACAGUCUAGGGAGGUACAGUAAGUGCAGUAGGUAUACAGUGUAUGUAUAUUUUAUUUAUAUAGCACUAACAGGUGUACUCAGCACUUUACAGGUUACAUUACAGUAGAGGGAGGUACACUAAGUGCAGUAGGUAUACAGUGUAUGUAUAUUUUAUUUAUAUAGAGCUAACAGGUGUACUCAGCACUUUACAGGUUACAUUACAGUAGAGGGAGGUACAGUAAGUGCAGUAGGUAUACAGUGUAUGUAUAUUUUAUUUAUAUAGCGCUAACAGGUGUACUCAGCACUUUACAGGUUACAUUACAGUAGGUGGAGGUACAGUAAGUGCAUUAGGUAUACAGUGUAUGUAUAUUAUAUUUAUAUAGCACUAACAGGUGUACUCAGCACUUUACAGGUUACAUUACAGUAGAGGGAGGUACAGUAAGUGCAGUAGGUAUACAGUGUAUGUAUAUUUUAUUUAUAUGGCGCUAACAGGUGUACUCAGCGCUUUACAGGUUACAUUACAGUAGAGGGAGGUACAGUAAGUGCAGUAGGUAUACAGUGUAUGCAUAUUUUAUUUAUAUAGCACUAACAGGUGUACUCAGCACUUUACAGGUUACAUUACAGUAGAGGGAGGUCCAGUAAUGCAGUAGGUAUACAGUGUAUGUAUAUUUUAUUUAUACAGCACUAACAGGUGUACUCAGUACUUUACAGGUUACAUUACAGUAGAGGGAGGUACAGUAAUGCAGUAGGUAUACAGUGUAUGUAUAUUUUAUUUAUACAGCACUAACAGGUGUACUCAGUACUUUACAGGUUACAUUACAGUAGAGGGAGGUACAGUAAGUGCAGUAGGUAUACAGUGUAUGUAUAUUUUAUUUAUAUAGAGCUAACAGGUGUACUCAGCACUAUACAGGUUACAUUACAGCAGAGGGAGGUACAGUAAGUGCAGUAGGUACACAGUGUAUGUAUAUUAUAUUUAUAUAGCACUAACAGGUGUACUCAGCACUUUACAGGUUACAUUACAGUAGAGGGAGAUACAGUAAGUACAGUAGGUAUACAGUCUAUGUAUAUUUAUAUAGCGCUAACAGGUGUACUCAGCACUUUACAGGUUACAUUACAGUAGAGGGAGGUACAGUAAGUGCAGUAGAUAUACAGUGUAUGUAUAUUAUAUUUAUAUAGCGCUAACAGGUGUACUCAGCACUUUACAGGCUACAUUACAGUAGAGGGAGGUACAGUAAGUGCAGUAGGUAUACAGUGUAUGUAUAUUAUAUUUAUAUAACGCUAACAGGUGUACUCAGCACUUUACAGAUUACAUUACAGUAGAGGGAGGUACAGUAAGUGCAGUAGGUAUACAGUGUGUGUAUAUUAUAUUUAUAUAGCACUAACAGGUGUACUCAGCACUUUACAGGUUACAUUACAGUAGAGGGAGGUGCAGUAAGUGCAGUAGGUAUACAGUGUGUGUAUAUUAUAUUUAUAUAGCGCUAACAGGUGUACUCAGCACUUUACAGGUUACAUUACAGUAGAGGGAGGCACAGUAAGUACAGUAGGUAUACAGUGUAUGUAUAUUGUAUUUAUAUAGCGCUAAAAGGUGUACUCAGCACUUUACAGGUUACAUUACAGUAGAGGGAGGUACAGUAAGUACAGUAGGUAUACAGUGUAUGUAUAUUAUAUUUAUAUAGCGCUAACAGGUGUACUCAGUACUUUACAGGUUACAUUACAGUAGAGGGAGGUACAGUAAGUGCAGUAGGUAUACAGUGUGUGUAUAUUUAUAUAGCACUAACAGGUGUACUCAGCACUUUACAGGUUACAUUACAGUAGAGGGAGGUACAGUAAGUGCAGUAGGUAUACAGUGUAUGUAUAUUUUAUUUAUAUAGCACUAACAGGUGUACUCAGCACUUUACAGGUUACAUUACAGUAGAGGGAGGUACAGUAAGUGCAGUAGGUAUAUAGUCAUUCCAAUAGAAGAUACAAUACAUUAGAUUGGAUGAACCUGCCCCUGAAACUUUGUACUGUGAAUAUAGUUGCAGCCAGGAGGCUGAAGUGCAAUAUUUGAUAAAAUUACAGUUCUUAUUCCAAAUAUAUCAAUUUCGUUGUUUUUUUAUUAUGUUCUCCCUUCAUUCCGUUCAUCUGUUUUAACGUUACAGAGAAACUUCCAGAUCCAAUAGUGAAAGAGGAACAACCUACAGAACCCCCAGCACCUCCCACUCCUGUUCCACCUGUAAAACCCUGUGCCCCUCCAUCCCCACCACUGCAACUGCUCCCACCUCCCAAAAAGAGGCGUAAAACUGUGUCCUUCCAACUUCUUCCUGAAGAAGAGUCUGAGACCACCGAGAGCAAACCCCAAAACCAGCAGCUCCUGGUUACUCCAGCCCCUGAAAUACCACAAAUUCUCAUACAAGAGCCCAAGGAAGAGCCACCCCCACCUGUUGAAGAAGCUGCUGUUCUUUCUCCCAAAGUUGCUCCCAUUGAAUCAGCUCCUCAGGGAGCUCUUCAGGUCCUUAGGAGCCCGGAAAAGGAGCCUGAGGUUCCUCCUCCUCCUACCAAAGAGCCCUCUCCCCAGAAGAAAGAGUUUGAACAUUUCACGGUGCUAAAUCUUCCGUGGGACCAUGCAUCUAUGGUGAAAUCCUACCCCCCUCGAGUAGAGAGUUUGGAAGGUAGGCAUGAAGAUGGAACAGAGGACUUUGAAGAAGAGAUUGUAGAGGAGGUCAAACCUUCUCUUCUUCCUGAACCACCAAAGGAGCAGGAACAAAAAGUUGCUGUGGUAGCAGAGCCACGUGAGGCAGUAAGGACAGAACCUGCAGAGGAGGUUCUGUUUGCCACUGUUCGGCAGAUCCUCCUUGAGCACAGCUAUGCCUCAAUCCCUGCUAACCUGAAGCAGCCUUCCAAGAAGCAAAGAGGUAUGUCUGUGGAAGAGAAACUCACUGAGAUUCUACAUGUGGACAUUGGGCAACUCGUGUUGGAGGCCGCAGAGGAGGUGGUUUGUGGAGCAGGCAGUUUACCAGGUGUGGAGGGUAAUACAGGACUGUUACAGGUUGGUGAUAUGCAGUUUACAUCCUCCAGGAAAACUGAGGAAGUUGCUGCCUUAUUAACCCCUGAGGAGUCAAGGAGCAGGACGCGGAGGCAACAGCAGGUCAAAGAAGCGGAACCUGGGGAGGUGACCACCGAGGAAGAUGAGGAGGAGGAGGAGGAAGAAGAAGAAAUGGAAACAUGGGUGAGCACACGGCAGCUCAGAUCUCACAAGAAUAAGCGCCUUUUCAUACCAUUAUCGCCACCAAGAUACGAGAUGCGAAGUGAGUUUGAGCAGAUGACCAUUUUGUACGAUAUAUGGAACACAGGGUUAGAUUUUGAGGACAUGGUCUUCCUGAGAGACACCUAUGAGAAGCUUCUGCAAGAAGACCACAGCACGGACUGGCUGAAUGACACCCACUGGGUGCAUCAUACAAAUAUCCUUUUAUCAUGGCUGAGCCAAGUGGUGGUUGUGCGGAUAGAAUGGCAAAAUUCUUGCUAAUGUCCAUGGAACGUGUACACGGCAUGUUUUGCAUGUAUGUUGCUUGGCUAUUUGUUGUCUGAGAAUUUUUACUGUUAUUUUGUAGGUUUUUUUUUUUGUUUUGUUUAUUUCCUUAACUUUUUCUCACUCACCAAUAUUGCGGACCCAAAACGCAAAAAGAACCGACAGGACGGGCUGCGGGAGCACCAAACUGGCUGUGCGAGGAGUGAGGGCUAUUACGCCAUCAGCAAGAAGGAUAAGGACAAGUAUCUGGAUGUGUUCCCCGUGUCCGUGCAGGAGCUUGACGCAGACACACAGGUCAGUCGGGAACUGUACUGUUAAUGAGAACUCUAGAGAAUCAGGUUUCUGUCACAAGGGAUCUGGUCUACUUCUCUCCCAUUAAAAUGAGGUUCGUGUUUCUUCCUCUUCUCUAACAGGGCACAAACAGAGUGCUGUCAGAGCGUCGUUCGGAGCAGAGACGCUUGCUCAGUGCCAUUGGCUCCUCCUCCCUGUUGGACAGCGACUUAUUGAAACUCAACCAGCUAAAGGUAAGACCUGGUUGUGAUUUCAGUGUUUUGACAGCAGAGGGCGCUGCUGCGCUAGAAAAUUGUGCAGUCUCUGCUGGUCACUGGGUAUGAUCUGCAGGAAGCUUGUAGUCUGUCUUGCUGCAUGUGUUUCAGGAUCUCUCAGUAAUCAUCAGAUACAGGUUGCCAUUAAUGUGUGUCCUGGCAUCCUGUCUGUGUGAUUGUAAGCCUCUCUUUUGCCUUCACUUGUUCUCCACAUAAUAGAUGCAUGUGGGUGCUGAGAGCAACAUAAAGUUCAAGGCAAUUACCCCAUAAUAAAUAGCUGUACUGUCUCACUCUGUGUGAUGGGGGUUCUCUGCCUGGGUAGCACUGGCUGACACAGAAGGACGCCAUGUUUUAAUGUUUAGACUGUUCCGCCUCUGUGUCUGGUCUGGGUGACUAUAGUGGUCUGUUCAGCAAUGGAUGUAUAAUUUAUCAUAGGGAUUAAUUCUAUAGUCCACUGCUCUUUGCAUUAUUUGGCAGCUGUUUUCCUCUGGGCUAGUGCUGUCAUGGUCACAAAGAUUUAUUAAACUAAAUAAAUGCCCACUGAUGACUCCCAUCUACCUCUUACUAGUUUGGCCCUUUAUGGGAACGCUUUGACCUUGAUGUCGACACUGCUCUUUCAUAUCCUGGUUAUCCCUCCUUUCGAGUUUGAGGCCAACUUUUCCAAACUGCCUGAUCCUCCUCUCUGGAGGAGGGGUUGGGGGAGGACUUACAUGGUCCACACGGAAACAGGGCCUCUGUAGCUAUUGGAUGCCUGUCAAGCGUGGUGUGUGUGCUGAUUACAGAUGUCCAGUAUGCACAGAAUUGAUAUUGGCCAGUCCGGAACUCUUGUUCUAGCUAGUGAUGCUGCCGGAGGUGAAGUUACACACGGGUUAAACUCUGUACGUGCUGUGUUUCAAAGUGAAAUACUCCAAGCACCACAACCACUUCAAAUAAUUGAAGAAACUCUUUAUUGUAGAUCAUGCAGGAUAUAUUACAUAACAUUCAAAUGGUUCUUGUGUAGUGUAUGAUUAGUAUAAGAUGUGUGCCCUUUGCUAUCUGUGAUCCCCAUAACAUUUAUCUGCCUUUACAGUUCCGGAAAAAGAAGUUGCGCUUUGGGCGCAGUCGUAUUCACGAAUGGGGUCUGUUUGCCAUGGAGCCCAUAGCUGCUGAUGAGAUGGUGAUAGAGUACGUGGGGCAGAAUAUACGACAGGUGAGUGAGAUCUGUCUCAACAGCAGCUCUGCCAGGGGGUUAAGCGUGAUGAAACAAGAUGGCCAUUACUCUUGCACAGGAUAGUAUUGAAUUAAAGGGACCAAUGCUACCUCAGAGCCACGGAGGAAAACCUGGAUUGUAUAUUUAAAAGUACUGCAACAAUCCAUCUAUUAUUGUAUGCAGCUGAUUCCUAUCUCUGCUAAACGCAGAUCUGUGCCUGUAAGUGCUCUGCGAAAUUUGGUGUUUCAGGGAUCCACAAUGAGAGUUAGUAAAAUACCAGAAUGUUUAUGAUCCAGCAAUCCAGGAGUUUUCAGCAGAGUACAGUUCAUGGUCGUUGUGACCUUUCCUCCCUGUCAUGUUCAGGGUUACCAGCUCCUCGUUAUCUGUGAGAGUCUUCUCUGUAGCAAUAUCCACUGAUAAAACAGUUGAUGAGCCAACACUUUGCAUGCAUUCCCUGGGAGUAUGUUUACUGCCUCGCAUGACUUUACAUCAUACAGAUAACACUGAGCACAGAUACGGUUAAUACUGUCAAAGGUCACGGUCUCUUGCAGAUUAGAGCAGAGGGGAAAAAGCUUUUGUAUGUGCACAAUUCCUAUGAUCCAUUCCUCACCCAGUCUUUAGAUGACCAAACUCUGCUUCAGACACAUUGACUGGCAGUUAAACAGACACUUUAUAUCUACCUGCAGCGUAUCCAUUAUUUCCAAAGAUAUACGUACUUACUGACUCCUGAACCAACUCCAGGUAACCUGGCAUCAGCAGGUAGCCUGUGAAACAGGAUGGGGAACAAACCAUUCCAGCUGUAUCAUUACAUUGAUUGCAUUUAGAAACUUUAUGAAAAUUGAAUAAAUUCAGUUUUAUUUAUUUACUUUGGUUGAACAACAACAUUUCCCUCCCAUGUACGACCCCAAUAUCCUCAUGUCUUCUCCCAUUGUGUGCCCUGUCUUCCCUACAGGUGGUAGCGGACAUGCGCGAGAAGAGAUAUUCUCAGGAGGGAAUCGGCAGCAGCUAUUUGUUCCGUGUUGACCAAGACACUAUUAUUGACGCCACCAAAUGUGGAAAUUUGGCUCGAUUUAUAAACCACUGUUGCUCGGUGAGAAUUAGGAGGAGAGGAGAUAUUUUCUGUCCAUGGUAGACCUUAUAUGGCACCCAUAUUAUAUGUUCUAUAUAAAAAUCAAAUGUUCACACCUUAAACCAAUCACAGUACCCUUAUAUAGAUACAUGCUAAUUAUUACAGUGUUAUUUCGCACCUUUAAAAGUCAGGGUUGUUAGAGGUGCAAGGUUGGGAGAUGACUUUCCUGGUGAUUGGUUUACUUUGUGGAAUACUGGCACCUCUCACAUAGUCUCCACACAGUCGAAACAUUUUGACACCAAAAGAACUUCCCUGAGACGCCAAGUACAGAAAUGUUCCUGAUAGGAAUCUUCUUAGCCUCACUCCACAGUUUGCAUAGACUAGCUUUUUUUUGUUUCUAUAUGCAUUUGACAGCAUGAUUGUUAGCCAUUAAGAAUAACUAUAUAGUGCCGAGAGGGAGCACUGCACAUGGCAUGUGAUAAAAAUGUACCCAUAGAUUUUCAUCAUUUUAUUUGUGUUUUGUAUUGGUUUGUGUAUUGUUUUUUGUGUGUGUUUUGUUUUCUUUGGCAGCCAUAACUCUGUGAACACUGACCAAUCGUGGUACAAGUUGAAGCCCUGUGUUAUUUUGUUUGUGUUUUAACUGUAUCUGCUCUUCCAUUCCAGCCCAACUGUUACGCCAAAGUGAUUACCAUCGAGUCUCAAAAGAAAAUUGUCAUCUACUCCAAACAGCCGAUUGGCGUUAAUGAGGAAAUUACGUACGACUACAAGUUCCCAAUUGAAGAGAACAAGAUCCCCUGCUUGUGUGGGACUGAGAACUGCCGGGGAACGUUGAAUUAACCCUCUAGACAACCGUCUCUCUCUGCAUGUGCCUAAUUGUACUUAGGCCAAUGGCGCCCAUUUUGGUGACCGAAGGAUGGCAAGCAUAGCCUGUCUCUGGCAUGUGUACGUGGGGAGAAUGGGAGUAGGUGUGAAGACCAGUAAGGAAUGUGGCCCUGGAACCAUGCCCAGUGAUGUGCUAGGAACAGGGGCUGCAGUCUAGAUUUUCUUUUUUUUUUCUCUGAUCCAGAAAGGUGUCAGCUUGGCCUGUUUAUGGCACUUUAGCAAUGUCACCCAUGCACAUCCCCUUAUACCAUCCUGUCGUCCGUCUCUGGAGGCACAUGCAUAUAUAUAGAUAGAAAUAUGUGUGUACAUUUUUCCUUUUUUUCUUUCUUUUAAUUAUUUUAAAGCCAUUGAUUUUUGGCCACUUUUUAUAUAUUUUAGACAUCAUUGUUCAUUUAUUCCUUUAUGGGAGUAUGUUUAUUUAUACAGGGCUGCGGCAAAAAAAACAAAACAGACCAAUCUUUACCCUGAAUCUGAAGGUUUGAUAUUCCAACCAAAAGAUUUAUUUUCCUCCAUUCUAACACUAGUGGGUGUCAGUAUGACGCAACCUCCUUUUAAAGGGACACUAUAGUCACCUGAACAACUUUAGCUUAAUGAAGCAGUUUUGGUGUAUAGAACAUGCCCCUGCAGCCUCACUGCUCAAUCCUCUGCCAUUUAGGAGUUAAAUCCCUUUGUUUAUGAACCCUAGUCACACCUCCCUGCAUGUGACUUGCACAGCCUUCCAUAAACACUUCCUGUAUAGAGAGCCCUAUUUAGGCUUUCUUUAUUGCAAGUUCUGUUUAAUUAAGAUUUUCGUAUCCCCUGCUAUGUUAAUAGAGUGCUAGACCAUGCAAGAGCCUCCUGUAUGUGAUUAAAGUUCAAUGUAGAGAUUGAGAUACAAUUAUUUAAGGUAAAUUACAUCUGUUUGAAAGUGAAACCAGUUUUUUUUUUUUUCAUGCAGGCUCUGUCAAUCAUAGCCAGGGGAGGUGUGGCUAGGGCUGUAUAAACAGAAACAAAGUGAUUUAACUCCUAAAUGACAGUGAAUUGAGCAGUGAAAUUGCAGGGGAAUGGUCUAUACACUAAAACUGCUUUAUUUAGCUAAAGUAAUUUUAGGUGACUAUAGUGUUCCUUUAACUCCUUAUCCAUGCUUUGGGUGAAGGGUAAAAGCAUCCCACCCCACCUCAUCAUUGAUGUCCUAGAAAUCUAUUUCCUGCUAUUUCUAUGCUGAUUAUCAGCGCAAUAUAUAGUACAUUUUGGGUCCUUUUUUAGUUUGAGUUCACAAUCUCUGGCUAUUGAGACAGGAUUUUUUGCAUCCCCUGUAUUUGUAUAUUAAUGUGACUUCUUGUUUUCUUACCUGUAUAUACAAACACACCGUUCCCUGAUCAUAUGUAAAUAUAAAACUGACUUUGGUUUUUAGGAUUCACGCCCUUAUGCCUGGAGACACUAGGCUUGAAACCUUCUAGGUAAAUACAGUAGAGAGGCGAGGGACUCUGGUCACAGAAUGCCGCAGGGUAAACCUAAUGUCCUAAACCAGAUUGCCAUCUCCAAGUGUUGGUGUAAGCAUUCUGAAAAUGGCCGCCCAGCCGACCCCUAGGCCUCACGCACUUUUAGUUCCAAUGCUGAUACGUUGUUCUCUAUAAAAACAGCAACGUAUAGUGAUACAUUGUAUGUUUCUGAACUCGCUAGGUGAUCGUCUGCUUGCCUAGAAUCAUAUGAAUUUGUCAGUAACUAGAGUUCGAUACAUCACAGCUAGUGUAUUCGGUAUAACUAUACACUGCAAUUUUUUUAUAACUUUUUUUUUUUAAUGAAGAAUGCUUUUAUUUAUUUGGAUAAACAUUGAGAUUUGAUGUUUUUUUUUUCUUCUUUUAGCCAUUUGAGUUUAAAAGGUCAUUAUUUUCUCUACCUUGCACUCAAAGUGAUAACUCUUUAGUGAAGUCAAAAUUGUGCCACUCAGCAUCCCAGAAUCCUCCUCUCCCUGUACCAUGUGUAGCACCUGACAGCAGGUGACAUGGUUACAAAUGAAUCCCCUGCCCUCAACGUAAUUGUUUAAAGUGACUGUUUUAGAAUUUUCUAUAAGCGUGUGUGUAGUAUAUACCUAUAUGUGCACACGCACACCACUUCUAAGCAAUGACGUUCUUCUACAUCGAGCUGUAAACUAUCUGUUUGUUUUACAGGACCCGCAGUACAUGGGCCCCUUUGUGCUACCAUAUUUUGCCUUGUAGAUUGGGGGACAGAGAGAGGGAUGGUUUGCUAGGGAUCAGGCCUAGGAAAGGGUCCAUUUUUUGGGGUGGAGGGAGGCAGGCCUGAAAAUGUUGUAUAUUCUGUAUAUUAACAGCUUUGUUUCUUGUAGAAACAUGAGUUUAUUACAUAUAUUACACUGUGUGUGUGUGUAUUUUUAUUUCGGAGAUCACAGUGGGGGUGGUGACUAAUAAACUGCAAAGAGGUGGUUCUGCAAUGAAACAAGGGAUUCUGCUCUGUGUGUUAAGUGAUUACUUAUCAGACAAAAGCACUUGAUGCUUCGUUCAGGGCCGUACAAUGAGC